AUGUCAGUACAAAGUAUUUCAUUACGUGCUAUGUGGUUACCCAACGUGCCUGACUGCCAUUCAGCAGAAUACUCUGAGACCGAAUGUGGGCAUGAAUCACAGCGUGAAGCAAAUCAGACAGGAAGCCUGAGUGAAGGUUUGUACAGCGACGAUUCCGAUGAGGAAUGGGAUAUUGAUUCAGAAAAUGUUGAACCUGAAAAGACGACGGACUUAUCGUGCCUUUAUCGAGUACUCGAUUUGCGGCUUGCAAGUCUGAUCUUUCUUCAUCACUUUAGAGCACUGUAUUUCGCACCCCUGCGGUCUGCAUACAAGCAACACUGUAUCACGCGGCUUGUAACGGCGAAUCUUGGUCAACAAAAACACCCUAUUCCUUGGCCUGAGUGGGCCGAAGCUCGUAGCACCCCUCAUACCACUGUACCUGGUUUCAAGACUCUCUCAAGCCCAAAAAGCCUGUACCGCCUAGCCGAUAAUGCAAUGAAUGUAAUCACCGAGAUUCAGAGCUCAGUCUUCCAGCAACACGAGGAACUGCGUGUGGAGGCCUAUAAAGUGAUGCGUAGAAACUGGCGAUCAUAUCGUUGUGCGGUGAUCGCUCCUUUCAUCACGAACCUGUCACCAGAGGAAUCAAUUCUUGUUUUUAAUCACAUACUCAAGGAUCUUACUCCCUAG